AGGCAUUGGAAGUUGAUUGAAUUAUGUUUUUUAUUUGAUGUUGUUAAGUUAGUGUUUUUGCUGAGAGUUGUUGUGCCUGUGCUGUUGUGAUUUUUUGUGUUGUUUGUGCAGUGGUCUUUUGUUGUUAUAAGUGAGGUUGUGUUCCUUGGUUGGUUGUUGCGUUGUUAGGUUGUGGUUAUGUUCUUUGGUUGGUUGUUGAGUUGUGGUUGUGUUCCUUUGAUUGUUGUUGUGUUAUUGUUGUCCUUGGUUGUUGUUGAGUUGCUGGGUUGUAGUCGUUGGUGGUGGUGUGUUGGGUUGUGGUGUCGUGGUCUUGGUUGUUGUUGUUGGUGUCCCAGUGACCUUAACCAGGGGACAGCACAGGAUAGCCCGGAGUAACUGGAUUGAUUGGCAAUACAAAAAAGGGACUGCAAGUCAAGGAUGAAAGAUGGGAAGUAAGCAUGCCCACUAAUUACGUCAGGUAUCACCCCACCAACAACAGCAUUCACAGGAUAUGGGUCAGCCUUUGUCGAUCUUGGCAGUUGUUCAAAAUGAGAGGCAUGUCGAGACGUAAAUGCUCAUUUGUUUCUGGGUGCACUGUUAUUACGUUGACCCUUUUAUACCUGUCAGGUUUGUAUCAAUAUGCCUUGACUUGGUCUUAUGAUUAUUAUUAUAUACAUUGGGGACCAAGUGACCCGUUAGAUUUUUUAAUAUCGCAGAUCAAAUCGGGUGAUGCUGCAAAGGUUCCACCAGUUAACGAAUUUCAAUAUUCCUAUACUCAUUCUUGUAAAGAAAAGUGUGAGGUUAAUGAUAAUAUUCGAUUGAUGUAUGUGGUGAAAUCAGCUGCACAAAACUUUGAGAAGCGCAAAAGCAUACGUAAUUCGUGGGGUUUUGAAAAUAGGUUUUCAGAUGUUGAAAUUAGGACAGUUUUUCUACUUGGCACUUUACCUGGUAGGCCAGACCUGCAAGAGAAAGUGGGAAAAGAAAGUUCUAGCCACAAGGAUAUCAUCCAGGCAGAGUUCAUUGAUUCAUACUUUAAUAACACACUCAAAACAAUGAUGGGACUACAUUGGACUUUUCAUAAUUGUGCCAGAGUGAAGUAUUUUUUUUUCGUAGAUGACGACUAUUACGUAUCAACAAGAAAUGUUUUGAGGUUCCUCAGGGAUCCAGUCAAUUACCCACAGUAUUUAGAAAAAUAUGUAGUCCAAGCUGUGAAUGAGUAUAAGGAGGAUCUGUUCGCAGGAUACGUCUUCAGGAGUUCUCGACCAAUCAGAUGGAUUUACAGUAAGUGGUACGUAACUUUGGACGAGUAUCCUUAUUCUCAUUGGCCUCCUUAUGUCACAGCAGGCUCUUAUAUAUUAUCACGUAGAAGUUUGGAGAGGCUGUAUUUUGGAAGUAUUUACACCAGUAAUUUUCGCUUCGACGAUAUUUUCCUUGGAAUGGCUGCUAAAAAAGCGGAUCUCAAAAUCUUUCACCAUGACGAGUUUUAUUUUUAUCCCAGAUCUUACGACACUGAUGGUUACAAAUGGGUCAUAGCUUCUCAUGGCUUUGAUGAGCCAGAAAAGUUAAUUGAAGUAUGGAAUGAACAAAGAUCAGCUGGUAAUUCGUAAACUUUCACGAACAUGGAGAGAGUUUAACAAAUGCCUUCUUUUAUAACUGCUAAUCAAGGCACGUCCUAUUAGAAUUUAAAAGUAAUUUGCAGUGGUGUAAUUAUCCUGACAUCCUUAGCAUUUAGAGUGGUUGCUAAUUCUUCCAACUUACAUGAAUGGGACAUGGCUCACACUUUGAUUUUUAAAUUUUUUACUUUCAUGUUUUGAUUAGAAGGGCCCUUUUUGUAUAGUGUUUUUCAAAAGUUUUUAAUCUGUAUUUAUUUUCUAUAUUGUGUUUUUAUUCUAUGAUUCUUUUGUGUUUCUGCACAUUCUACUUAAUUCUUUGCCCUAUGGGGAAACAUUACAUAAAAGUUAGUAGAAGUGCAGUUCUUAAGAGGCUUGUGUCCAUCAGUUUGAUUCCUGCACUUUGUUUAGGAGCUAAUGCUCUUUUGGAAUAACAACUGGUAAAGAAUUAUCCAAAUAAAAUGAUUAGGUCAAAGGGUUUAUCAGUUGCCGGGACUGGUGAAGGAUGAAAUUUACCCUACUGAAUGACACCGUAUGUUUUAGAAAGAAUUGAAUGUGCAGGAAAUGGAAUUCAUGUAAAUACUUUCCCCUAAAAUCAACUGUUUCAUUUCAAACCUAAUUUUAUUUGGGCCUAGUCAUUUUAAAUAGAAGGACUGUUGGGAUGUUCAUAUGUGAGAUAAUUUUUUAAGGAUGAAGACCAUCUCAAAAAGAUAAAAAGUUUUAAGUGUUUUAUGCAAUAGGCACAUUAUUUUAUUCAGUUAACAGUUUUUAAGUAUUUUUAUACAAUCAGCUCAUUAUUUUAUUCAGUUUGAAAGGGUGAGUAACUCAGCGGAGAGGAGAACAGCAUACUGUUAGGAAGAAUUGCCAGUAAGCAAAUUAUUUUCAAACUUCAAAGUGGUAUAUCUUGACUGACAGUUAUAAAUACGUACAGGUAUUCGUAACAUAAAUUGUUGUAUGUACCAGGUAUUGACUUACUGUAAUGUUGCAGUAUUUUUAUUUGGGACAUUGCAUUUUUAUUAUAGAUUGUUGUUUUAUUGCUCAUGUUUUUAAUUGUGCUGUCUUAAGUUGUGACACUCACUGGUCUGUUUUGAAUGCUUCAGCGAAACAUUAAUAGUCGUUCAUUUACAAAACUCAGUGUAUGUGAUUAAGUUUUAUAUUAAAGUGUGCAAUAUCCAUCAUUUUCUUGGUAGUAGAACAACCAGCUCUUAACUUAACAAGUGGAUGUUUCAGGACCCCCAGGUGUCACAAAAUCUGCAUAUGGGCAGUCCCCGGUUAUUGCGGCAGUUCCUUUCCGACAGCUUAAUGAUAAGCAAAAAUCUGCGAUUUUUGGAGCUUAUGGCACCGAUAACCAGUUAAUGGAGCCCCUGUUAGGCAUGUAUUGGCACCAAUACUCUAUUAUUGGUGCCAAUAACUGGAGCUUGGCACAUUAUGGCGCCAAAAAUUGCUGAUUUUCACAAAGCACCAUAAAACCGGAUCUCCAAUAACCAAGACCACCGAUAACCGGGGGCUGCCUGUAUUUCCUAAUUACUUGUAUAGUGGGUCCCCGUAUUCACGCUCUCCGGAUUCGCUGCGAAUUUCUCUCUGGACCAUAUCUACCCAUUAUUUAAGGGAAAUUUGCUUAUUCGCUUUAGUUUUCUACAUGAAAUAUGCAGAAAUUCCUGAUUUUUUUUUUUUUUUUUUUUUUUUAUUUAAUCAUAAAAUGCACUUUUUGUGAUAAAACUAUUCAAAAAACCAGGUAUACAAAUUUUUAGCGGGUUUUUCCUGAGUUUUACCUACCAAAAUAGGCUGUUUUCAGCAUUUUUAUUGGAGUUCCAACUACAAUUCGCGGAUUCUAACUUAGCGUGGGUGUCAGGUGCACAUAUCCCGCGAAUACGGGGGGACCACUGUAUACAAGGAAUUAGAAAAUAUGUAUAAUAAGGGUAUUUGCAUAUGUAUACAUAAGCUACCCACAUCUUCCCGUAUGCAGUAUGUACUGUAAAUCUUCUCUAGGUUACAGUAUCACCUCAGCUUAAUAGACUUCAAAUUAUCGACUGGAUAUGUUUGAGUCUAGAAGACUUAUCAGUUGCCAAAAUGAACAUUUAACACUUGCCUAUGAGUAUUUAAAACCUGUUGUGUAGCUUUUUUUUUUAUUUCCCAGUGUAUCUAACCCAUUGUGUGUGUCUACCUCAUGAAGAGCUGCCUCUUUAUAUCAAAUUGCAAUCUGAUAUGUCUGUGCUUAUGCAAGCAUACUAAAACCACUGUUUGUAUAGUUCAUGAAUUUUUCACCCUGAUCAUCGGGCAUGUUUCUGCUAUGCUACAUUUUCUGUCUUAUGAAUGACUCUUGAAUCAUAUUAAUGUUAAGUUUUGAUUUGAUGAUAAACACCUUAUCUGUGUAUAUGGAGAUUCAUUCAUUUAUUUCCAGGCCUUAGAAUGAAAGUUAAUUAUCAAAGAUAUGCAUCAGGGCAUAUUCUUUUGACUACAUGUCCAGGAAAAUACACAAUUUAUUUUGGACUUAAUUCUCAACUUGUAGUUUAUAGUCAGUAAUGAAUAACAUGCACAUACAGAUGCUUUAAAACAUAAUUAUUAAUUUGAAUGCUAAUAUGUACGUACCUGUAUUUUAAUAAAAAAAAAAUGUGAUGUAAUCAUGAAUAUAAUCAAUAUGCAUACUAAGCUCAUAUGAAAGGGACAGUGAAGAAAUUUUUGAUGUUGUAAUUUACUGUGAAUAAUAUAUAACGAGAGAGAAGAAACAAUAGGGAUUUUUGCACAGUAGUUACACCGCCUCUGAGGUAUUGCUGAGGCUAUACUGCCUGGUCAUCAUUACCUGACAGAUACAUUACUUAAUGUGAGGUGAGACCCCAUACAGUUCAUUAAGAUGAGGUGCCACUUUAUAUUACGUAUGUAAACAUGUAAUAUAUUACUUAUUUCUGUAUUAGGCUCAAACCCUGGUCUUUCAAAUAAAAGCCCAGGGAUCUACAUAUGUAGGUCAGUUGGUAGUGCCCUGGCCUUUAAUUUUAGAGAAUGGGGUUUGAUUGUGAUGCGAGUCAGAAAUUUGUGUACGCAAGUUGCUGUUAUAGUGUUUUGUUUAAGGAAUAUACUGUAAUGACAUGUAAAAGGAAACAUUCAUUACUCAGUAUUGUCGUAAUUAUUACAGCUUUUAACUAAUGUAUAAUCAAAACAUGCUGUCUUUUAUUUAAGACUUAUGUUGCUUCCAUAUACGUACUACUGUAGUGACCUGGAAGGGAAACUGUAAACAUAGAAUGAAAUAAUGUACAGAAUAUUGUAUCAUAUAGUAUCCAUCAGCUUGUUUUCAAUUCCACAUAAGUGAAGGGCUGACUGUAUGGAAUUUGACUCAGAAGUUACUUUGCCAGUGAACUUUUAAGGUGCAUUGCGUCUUCCCAGUACUUAGGUACCUUGUACAUGAUUGCUGUUCAGUCUCAUACCAGGUAGAGGGUAGGCAUACAUUUGCCAAUCAGGUGUUCAUGUUGCCAAACCACAAUUCAAAAGUUUUUGGUUUUUUGUUACAGUUCUUUCCAUCUUGAAAGAUGAUAGAAUGGGAGAAAGUCUUGUAUUUGUAUUAAGACACUUUUUAAGACUUUGUGUAUAACUGUGUGUAGUUUUUAUCCCGUGUGUGUUUUUCUUUUUAAAGUUUAAAUUAUUUGUUGUUAUUUGUACAUGAAAAGAUACCAUAAGUGUACUAUUUACAAUAGAUAUGAUCACAAUCCAUAAGCAAAAAACAAUUUGUUACAUUUAAUUGUAAAUUCUUUUAGCAUUAAUUUUAGAAAAAGGGAAUACAUAAUAUGUAUAAAGCAACUCAACAAAGUCAGAGUCAUGGAGGCUAUACUAAUAAGCCCAAAAAUAAUGUAUACCCUCAACCACUCAGUCUUGUUACUGGAAUAGAAAAUGAAUUGUACAACAUCCUUGUCACCUGGCCCUAUUUUUUUAAAAGAAUCAUACUUCUCAGUUUUACUUAAAUGUGAAAUUAACUAAGCUAAUACGAGGUGAAUUGUAUAUGUAGGCUGGUAGAAUUUGCGGUUUUAAAAGUUGCUCUUAUUGAAGUAUUAUUAUAGUAUUAAUAAUACCAUCAUAUUGUGCUUGCUAUCACCACAACUCAUACAAGUUAAACCAGUGACAUUCUUGAUUCAACUCUAGUUGGAAGGAAAUAGCAGUUGAUGGAUUAGCUAGCAAGAUGAUAUAUCAAGUUGUACUAGUAAACCACUGAGAUAGCGAUGUAGACAGAAGUAGACUGUAACAUCCGUGUGUUUUAAUGAUACAACUCACUGGACUCAAAAAGAGCUCUUAAGAUAUGUUUCUGAAAGCCUUGACUGGGAGAGGUUUGAUGAUUUAUAGCAAUGCUUUUUGAUAGCCAGGACAAUAGAAAUUAGGAGUUUCUUGAAUAUUCAAGACUGCUCCAAUUUCAAUAUGUUUUAUUAGUAAGAUUCAAUAUCAGCAGUUACUUGGGAGCUUUGGCAAGUGAGCUCAUGUGAAAACGGCAUAUUAUAUAUGCCAGAAAUCUCCUCAAUAAUCCAUGAAUGAAGAAACAAAAAAAUUUUGGAGUUAUGGAAAUAGAAUUCCAGUGCUUGAUAGUAGAGGGGUAACCAACUCUUUUGUUGUUGGUUGAACUGCUUAAUUAAGGUAAUGGAAAUAUGAGAUGGCUGUAGCAGUCUUAUAAAUAUGACUCCUGCAAGUCACUCAUAGUAUUCAUUCACAGCCAGUGUUUUAGAAGAAGGCCAAAAUUUUUGAAAAAUGUUAAUGGAGGUCAGGCAAUCUUAAAUUUUGUGCUUGCGACAAAAUGACGAGGUAUUUAGUACAGGGUAUUUAUUGCGUAAGAUGCUAGUUGAUCACUGUGUAGAAUUAUAGACGUGAUGAUUAGUCUAUAUAUGGUUGUGAGAUUGUUUAUUUAGCAUACUGUAAGUGUUGUAUAUGGCUAGGUAGGUUGUAUGUGCAAAAACCAAAUUCCUGUACUAUUAACUUUUUUUAAUAUGAAUUUAUCAGCCACUAUAAGUAAAAGACUGUUUCUCCUUCCCACCUUUUAAGUCUUUUUCCCACUUAUUUUUAUCUUCUUGAAGAUAGUUUGUACACCUUAAAUUUUGUUGUAGCUCCAUUGUGUUAAGCAUGAACUUAGUUUGUACAGUCCUUAAAUUGUUGUAGCUCCAUUGUGUUAAGCAUGAACUUAUUUUAUGCUUUUCACUAGAUGCUGGUGAGGAACACAAGAAUUUUAUCAUUCUUUGUUGAUCUUUUUGCAUUAGAAAGCAAAAAGGAGAUUGUAUUGGUAAAGUAGAUAGGUUUGGAUGUAUUGAUGAAAUAGUAGGUAGGUUUGGAGGAUGUAUUUUUAUUUUUUCUCUUUCUGUCCAUGUUUUUCAUUUCAUGAAACUACUUAAAGUAUUUCAGUACAAACUGUAGCUAGGAUUGUGUUAUACUGUACCUCAGAAACCUGUAAAGCAUUCCCGUUCUUACCUGCCCUUCCAAUUAUUUUAACAAGAAGGUAAUAGUCUUAGUACUUCAUAUCCUUAUUUGUUGACAUUUGGAAGUUAUCUUCCUAGGACUUUGUACAGCUAUGAAGGAUGUAUAUAUUUUUUCACCCAAUUUGAGAAUUUUGGAUGCAUGCAUUUCUUGAUGAUCAAUGUGUGCUAUGUACUGGUAUUUUUGCUCUCAAUUUUGUUGGUUCAUCAAUUUUAAGUAAGUUCACUUAUAAAUUAUUUUCUGUAAGUUUUAGAAAAUAUUGUCAAGAGCUUCAGUGUAGAUCCCCUGUUUAUUGAGGGGAAAUUUCUUUGCAAUCUGUCAUUUUUUGUAUGUACGUAUUCUUCAUCAAGUUUGCAAGAAGAGAUUUUACCUUUUGAACAAUUUUUCUUUUCAAAUUUAAUUUAUUCGGUAAUAUUGUAGCUCUCCACUGUGUUUUGUCUCUUAUUUUUAAUUCUUCAAACCUGAUAACAGGAUAUAAUUGAAAUAUGUGUGUAUGUACUAUUAAAAAGGCUCACCAACCUCUCCCUUGCAUGUUCAUGCAAACUUAGCAGUACGUAUGUAAGUUUUAUGGAUACAGAUGACCAUUUGUAAAUAUCUGCUAUGUUUAUUUAUAUUAUCUAAAGGAUAUCAAACACCAUGACAUUAGUGCCACAGUCUGACCUUAAUAGCCUCUUAGGAUGAGAUGAGAAGGUACAGCUUUGAAUUGAGAAACCAUAGAGAGAGGCAUUACAUACUGAACUUUUGCCAAAGCCAAAGAAUGUUAAUGCUAAGAAAAAUGUGUAAGAACCCCAGAGAGAAGCUGAUGGAUGAUAUUAGAGAAGAGGAUUUCACUAUCAGCUAGAUGAGGCAUUCUUAACACACCCUGCAAACUGAUUUUGACAGUGAAGGAAAAAAAGUAGUAGUCGAAAGAAUGAAAACAUGGAAAUAAAAAAAAUGAAGAGGUUAGAAAGGAGCAUGGUGGUGGCUUUGAUAUACGUCAUCAAAAAAUGAUAGUGGAAACAGCUAAAAGUAAAAUAAACCAAAGGCAAUCAGAAGUACGUUUGUGACAUUCAGGGAAGGCUUUAUAUUGAGAGAAUCAGCAGUUUUAUCUGGAAAUACAGAAAGCAAUUCAAGAGAAGAGAGCCUUCAAGCUCUGUAAGAAGAUAGAGAGGUACUCAUUGAGAGAAGAGAGAGGCUAGAAGACAGUUAGCAUGGCAAAGGGAAUGAUUAGAGAGGAUUGAAUUCAAAAUCUCACUGUAGAAGAGAGAAAAUAAGAUAAUAUUCAGGAUAGUCAACUGGGGGAGAUAGAAGGAAACGGUGUGAAAGGGUAAAGUAUAUAAAAGACAUGAAUGUAAGUGAAGUUGAAGGGAAAGAAAUAAUGGAACAGUGGGAUUAGACUUUUGGAAGUACUAUAGUCAUAAUAAAAAGAAUGAAUAUAAACUGGAGGAUGUUGCCAAGACAAACCAAGAGAGAUUAUAAGAGAGCCAAUUGAAAAAUUAAAAGAGGAAAGCCUCGGAGGCAUUUUGGAAUAACUGGCUACUGUUACCUAAAAAUCCUGGUAAAGGAUAGGACAAGAACAAAAGUGGAGAAAAAAAAGUUAAAUUUUUUAUUCAUACGGACUAGGGUCCGCACCUCCCAGUCCCACUACGUAAUUUCUUGCAGUUGGUGGACCAUGGGAUUUGCCCACUUCUUUUAGCUGAUGGCAUUUUUCUCCUUCUUUUUUAGAGGGACUAAACUGUUUGAGAUGUUUUCUUGUCUACUUAUUCAUUUUUUUCUUUUCUUAAUAAGUAAGCUCUACUCUUUCUGCAUUUCCCUUACCACCUCUUACUUCUGCAUAGUAAACACCAUAAUCUUUGGAAGCUUGGAUUUCAUGUCAAUGGCCCCUGUGGUGGGCUUGUUCCAUAUGAACAGGGUUCAUCAUCUAAAUAAUAAUAAUGAUGAUGAUGCACAAAAGAGCUAAUUACAUUAGCAGGGAAAAAUAUUUAUUUUUAGGAAAAAAUGUGUUUGGUGGUAUUUCGUGACUUCAAAGUAUUAUUUAAUGGCUGAACUGUGGAAGAUGCCUUAUUAUGAUGUACAAUAAUAAGCAUGAAGUUAACAGUAUUUGGAUUAGGUGGUUCAUUUUUAAGCUUAAACGCUGUGUAGCUGCUUAUGACCCCAUAUACAUUUAUGUAAUUAUAUAUGUUUGGAAGUUGAUAGGAAUAAUUUUUAAAGCUUUUUAAAAUGAUAUUUUAUGUAACUGUUGUAUCUGAUCGUGUAGAUGCGUGGUCUUUGGCCACUCUUCACGUGAUAUACGCACGCGUUGCCAGAUCUCACAAGAUUCCUUGCCUUCAUCUGAGAUUUAACCGGAUCCAGCUAGGCACUAGAAAUUAUCGUAUUGUUAAAACCGUAGGUGGUUCAUUUUUAAGUUUAAGCGCUGUGUAGGUGCAUAUGACCACGUAUACAUUUAUGUAAUUAUAUAUAUGUUUGGAAGUUGAUAAGGACAAUUUUUAAAGCUUUUUAAAACUAUAUUUUAUGUAACUGUUGUAUCUGAUCGUGUAGAUGUGUGGUCCUUGACCACUCUUCACCCGAUAUAUGCACGCGUUGCCAGAUCUCACAAGAUUCCUUGCCUUCAUCUGCGAUUUAACUGGAUCCAGCUAGGCACUAUUGUUAAGACCUUAGUUGUAGCUAUGAAAAAUACAAAUUGUCUUGGAAAAUUUAUCAUUUUUAAUUGUUUUAAAUAUCACGCAAGACAGUAUUGUAUCAGUUUUGAAGAAAAAAGUUAAAAUGGACAAGUUGUGAAUUAAUAUUUUUUUUAUAACUUCUUAAGGUUAAGAUAUUGUAGAGAAAAUAAAGUUAUGGAUUACUAUUAUAGAAAGCAGAAGCUUAGUGUUAAUUUUCUCUCUUCAUCUCACUAUUAUAAUGUGUUGGGAAAGAGUUACAUAUAGGUUUGUACUUAAAUUAUGUAUAAAUUUGUAUUUUUCAUGUAUUUUUUAUUUUACAUAUUUUGUCAGAAGUGUUUUAUCUGUUAUGUAUAGUAUUAUAUACAUUAUCCUUGUUUCAUUGAAAGUUUUUGAUUGAGUUGAGGCAUUUUAGGUGAUGUCAUUUUGAAAGUGUGUCGUUCUUUAAGUUUGUGACCGUUGGUUUACAUUUUGAUUACUUGACAGUGUAGGAGGAAAUUUAAUAAUUGGUGAUAAUAGUGACAUAGCUUAUCACCAGGUACUAUUGGACUUUCAUGAUCUGUUCUCUCCAUGUUCUCAUGUCCUAACGGAACGUAUCAUCAUAUCAUUAUGUAGUUAAAAUGUAAUAGGUUUAUUUGCAAAUGUCAUUUAGACAUGCAGGGUCCUUUUUUGCAUUUGUAUACAAUGCCUUUUUUUGUUUUCAAAAACUAGUGUUUUUGAUAUAUGAUUUUAUUUAUGUAACUGGUAAGUUGCGCACUGGAUCUGUGAUCUAGGAUUGUGUAGUAUGGUUGUUUUGUUAUAUAAAAGUACUACUGUCAAGGUAGUCUUAAGAAAGUUUAUGUUGAUGUACCACAACUAAAUGCAUUAGAGAUCUGUACAGCAUUUUAUUUUAUUUAAUCAUUUUUUCUAUGCGUUGACAUGUUUUGGCUUAGCAUAAAAAUUCUGCGCAGCUCUCUAAUGCAUUUAGGAGCAUGGUAAUUUACUUGUUUUACUACCUAUAUAUUUUGAAUUUCUGAGACCAUUUUCAUUGCAAAAUAACCCUUAUUUUGACAUCCUCUGAACAACAUUUGGUAAAUCAUGCUGUUGACCAUAAUUUCUUUCAAGUGAAGUAAUUGGUUUUUAAGCAGAUUUUUAAAGUAUGAGGAUUUUGUUGAAAGUUAUUGGAUACCAUUUUAAUUUUAAUAUUGAAGACAAAACCUUUGGGCCAGUGUUGAAUGCCGAGUAUUAUAUCGCCUGGUUGAACCGUUGUGCACAAUGAUAACAACAAUAGUUCUAACAAGUAAUAUUAGCAGGCUUAAUUCAAGUGAAUGUUUCAGAGUGAUUGUUCAGAUAUACAAAAAAAUUUGUUUUUCCCAUUGACAGUUGCACAAGGAAAGGUGCUUGCUUGUACAGUAUUCCUAAAAUUAGUUGAAUGUAGGUAUAAUUAAAAAAUAAUUUUUCUAAGCUAAAUAUUGAUUAUUCCCAAAUUAGUUUGCUUCAUAUAUUUUUGAAAUAUACUACAACAUCUGGUAGUAGUCAAACUUAUUUAGAAGUCAAUGGUUUUCUCUCCAGCUACAGUGAUUUUGGGCCUGAAAAACAUUUACCCUUGAAGGUAUGCAGAAUAUGAUUUUAUUGUAUUUGGUCAUUAAUUUUAAAACCACAACAUUUCAGUCACUUUUAAGAGCUUUGUCAAUUCAAAGUUUGAAAUUUGUUUGGAUGUUAGGAAGACAUAUAUUAUAUGGAGUACCAUUAUGUAUUUAUUAAAUACGUACUAAUCAGAAUCAAAGAGCAUUUGGCUUAAAAACUGUGAGAGACAAAUGUUAUGAUACUCUUUUAAUUUAUCUUUGUGCUGGAAAUGUUUCCAGCAAAUAGAUAUGUAUGAAGUAGCUGUCAGAAUAAACUGUAGAAAAGGUAAGUGUUGUAACUGUGUAAUGAACACAGACCUCCUGUGUUGUAAAUUAAGUAGUAGUACUUACUGUAUAUCAUGCCUGUAAUGUCAGCUGGCUGACUGCUGCAUAAAUGUGAUACCUGUAGGAAAAUAUAAAUGGUGAAAUUACAUGUUAGUGGCUCAAGAACUACAUUUUUUUUAAUUAAAUGUGUACUGUACUAAUUAAUGAUAGUAGUGAAGAAUACCUAGUUAUAAUGAAAGCAAUAGAAAGGCUAUUACUUAAGAAAGAUGAACAUUUCAUGAUUUUUUUAUGGUAUGUAAAGAGAUUGGAUUCUUCCAAUAGCAUAUUUUUAAAUUUAGUUGUAAUCAGCAACUAAAGAAUAUUGGAGUGGGUAUCAAAAUGUGUACUAGUGUUGGUACAAUAAACUAUGUACUAUCUG